AUGUCAAUACUAGCAACCUACACCCACCAAAGCGCCAUCAGAAUAGCCCACCUAACAAUCUCCCGCCCACAAAAACUAAACUCCCUAACAACCCCCCUCCUCACCUCCUUAACCCAAACCCUGCAUUCGAUCUCAAAAGCCCCAAAUCUCCACGCCGUAACCCUAACCGGCGCAGGCCCGAAAUCCUUCAUAGGCGGCGCCGACCUAACCGAACUAUCAACCCUCCCGAACGCAGCCGCGGCACGCAAAUUCAUAACAUCCGUCCACGAAACAUGCACCGCUAUCCGCACCUGUCCUGUCCCCGUCAUCGCGCGCAUUAACGGAUUUGCACUUGGUGCGGGGUUGGAAAUUGCUGCCGCUUGUGAUUUGCGUGUUGCGGGGAGAGGGGCGGUUUUUGGGAUGCCGGAGGUCCGACUCGGCAUCCCUUCCGUCGUCGAAGCAGCGCUUCUACCAGGCCUGAUAGGCUGGGGUCGAACAAGACAGCUACUAUUACUUGGUAGGACGAUUUCUGCCGAAGAAGCGCUUAGUUGGGGCCUUGUUGAGCGGGUUGUUGGGGAUGAGGAGCUUGACGGGGCAGUUGCGGAGUGGGGGUCGGAGAUCGGGAGGAGUGGGCCGCUUGCUGUGCGUAGACAGAAAGCUUUGAUUUCGAGGUGGGAGGAGCUUUCGAUAGACGGUGGGAUUGAAGCUGGGAUCGAGGCUUUUGGAGAGUGUUUUGUGGUGGAGGAUGGAGGGACGGAGCCUGGGAGGAUGAUGGGGGAGUUCUUUAGGGAGAAGAAGGAGGCUAAGGCGAGGAUUGAGGCUCGGGGUAAGGUUCUUGGAAAAGGUAAGGGAGAGGGGGGUGAGGGGUUAUGA